AUGAAUACAGGCCUUUUCAUGGGACUCUUCAGAAACAUGGAGGGGAACCAGGAUCCUUUCAUGGCAUUUCAUCUGGACAAGGCACUAGUAAGAAAGUACAUGAGCCCACUCUUGAUUGGGGAGCUGGCACCAGAUCAACCCAGCUUUGAGCCCAGCAAGAAUAAGAAGCUGGUAGAAGAUUUCCGUGAGCUCCGUGCAACCGUUGAGAAGAUGGGGCUUCUCAACCCCAACCACACCUUUUUCAUCCUCUAUCUCUGUCACAUCUUGGUGUUGGAUGUUGCAGCCUGGCUCACCAUCUGGUAUUUUGGAGCAUCCACAGUGCCUUUCCUCUUCUCUGCGGUGCUUCUGGGCACUGUCCAGGCCCAGGCUGGCUGGCUCCAACACGAUUUUGGACACCUUUCAGUCUUUAGCAAGUCCAGGUGGAACCACUGGGUGCACAAGUUCGUCAUCGGCCAUCUGAAGGGAGCACCAGCCAGCUGGUGGAAUCACCUCCACUUCCAACACCACGCUAAACCCAACUGCUUCCGAAAGGACCCCGACGUUAACAUGCACCCCUUAUUUUUUGCUUUGGGAAAAACACUUUCUGUAGAGCUUGGUGUACAAAAGAAGAAAUUCAUGCCUUAUAACCACCAGCACAAGUACUUCUUCAUCAUUGGUCCUCCAGCUCUGGUGCCUCUUUACUUCCAGUGGUACAUAUUCUACUUUGUGGUGCAGCGGAAACAGUGGGUGGACCUGGCAUGGAUGCUGACCUUCUACAUCCGAUUCUUUCUCACCUACUUGCCCUUACUGGGGGUGAAGGGCAUCCUGGGGCUUCAUCUGUUAGUCAGGUUUAUAGAGAGCAACUGGUUUGUCUGGGUUACACAGAUGAAUCACAUCCCGAUGCACAUCGAUUAUGAUAAGAAUGUGGACUGGUUCUCUACCCAGCUCCAGGCAACAUGUAAUGUUCAUCAGUCCUUCUUCAAUGACUGGUUUAGUGGACAUCUGAACUUCCAAAUUGAGCACCACCUUUUUCCUACAAUGCCGCGACACAACUACUGGAAGGUGGCUCCUUUGGUGAAGUCCCUUUGUGCCAAACAUGGCAUUGAGUACCAGUGCAAGCCGUUGCUCACCGCCUUUGCGGACAUAGUGCACUCUUUGAAAGAUUCAGGGGAGCUCUGGCUUGAUGCCUAUCUACAUAAAUAAGCAGCAGUGGAUCCUUCUGGAGGAAUUCCCCACCGUUGUUGCCGCCUGUGGUAGUCACCAUGAAGAUACUGCACAAAGGAGAAAGAACUGGCUAAGCCAGAGGUGGGGAGGUGGCAGCGCUUAAUUCCAUUGAUGGAUGUGAUUAAUACGAUUUUUUAAAAGACA